AGGAAGACCAGGGGCGGCACCGGCUGCGGAGAGCGAGCACAAGGGCUCAAGAUGGGAAGUCAUGAACCAGAUACUGUCAAGGAAAAUGUAACAAUUUUGGAGAUCAUAACCAGAAAAAUUAACCAACUUCCAGAACCAGAAAGGAAUCUACUUGAACAUGGAUCAACAUAUGUUGGAAUUAACGCUGCUCUCUGUGGCCUAAUAGCAAACAGUCUUUUUCGGCGCGUCUUGAAUGUGACACAUGCUCGUAUAGCUGCUGGCUUACCAAUGGCAGUGAUCCCAUUUUUGACAGCACAUAUAUCUUACAAAGGUUUUGUGAGUUUUCCUUUGAGUACAGGUGAACUGAAUUGUGAAACCUGUACCGUAACACGGAGUGGACUGGUUGGUCUUGUUUUUGGUGGUUUGUACCCUGUUUUUUUGGCCAUACCUGUGAAUGGUGGCCUAGCAGCCAGGUAUCAAUCAGCCCUCCUGCCAGAGAAAGGAAACAUCUUAACUUACUGGAUUAGAAUUUCAAAGCCUGUCUUUAGAAAAAUGGUAUUUCCCAUUUUGCUCCAGACUGUGUUUGCAGCAUACCUUGGGUCUAGACAAUAUAAACUACUUAUAAAGGCCCUUCAGUUACCUGAACCUGGCUUAAAAUUUCAUUGAUUUUAAGCAAAUAUAUGUACAAAAAUAAAAUGGUAAAAAUAACCUGUACCUAGAUUAUGAAUACAUAUAACUGUCAUUUAUCAUGUGAAGUACAAUUUUGGAACUUAACGAAAGAUUACACAAGGCAAUAAAAGGCUGAAUGAACUCCAAUAAAGGCUAUCAACUUAAAGAGCAUAACUUA